GCGUGAUCAUAUAAAAGCUCACCGGGAGCACCGUGAUGGUCACUGCAGUCGACUCGGGUCUUGCCUGUGUCAUUCGUAGCCUACAAAGCAAAGACACCAGAGUUCACAAUGGCAUUCGGAGGUGUACUAGCUGAUGCUAACAUCACUGCAGCCCUGGAUGCGUGCAAAGACGCCGGCACAUUCGAACACAAGAAGUUCUUCAAGUCCUGCGGCCUUCAUGACAAGUCCGCAGAUGACAUCAAGAAGGCCUUCGCCAUCAUUGACCAGGACAAGAGCGGUUUCAUUGAGGAGGACGAGCUUAAGCUGUUCCUCCAGAACUUCAAGUCAGGUGCACGCGUCCUGAACGACGCCGAGACCAAGGCUUUCCUCGGUGCCGGUGACACCGACGGUGACGGCAAGAUUGGCGCUGAUGAGUUCGUUGUCUUGGUCAAGAAAAAUAAUGGUGCCAAGUAACCUGCUCUGAUGGAACAACAAUGCCCACAUGGAACUCCAACUUGUCAUCCGAA